CGUUUUGUUGCGAAGUAGAGUUUCGAAUUUGAAGAGCAAGCGAUUUUACUAUUUUAGUUUACUUUUAGCAGUCAUGUGUGGAAGAUUGUUAAUGUAGGUCAAUAAACUCAUACGUGAAAGUUUGGAGAAACGUCCUAAUUCCAUAUUGUGACCUACAGUAAUCAUCUGCAGCACAAACAAUGGCACUAUCUGCGGAAGAGUUCGUGAAUCAGUUAUUGACAGAAGAAGCGUUGGAAAAACCUUCGGACAAUGUGAAACCUGAAGAAUUAGAAAUGAAGUUGCCAGAUGACUUUGACGCAGAAAAAUUCAAUAGAGGCCGCCGCUUCUACUGGGACCACAGCUACUCGUUCUCCACGUCAAUGCUGUUGGGACUGGUGGCGGUGUUCGCGGUGCCUUCCAUCCUGAGGAUCCUGGUCAGCACGCGCCGCUCCAACUCUACCUACACCGCCUAUAAGCGGUAUCUGUCCACGCUGCUGCAUACCAUCACGUGGUUCGAGAACGACCUGAAGCCAGGAUCUAGGUCAUGGAAGUCCCUAUACGCGGUGCGUUCUCGGCACGUGCGCGCGGGCAUGGCGGCGAAGCUCAAAGGUUUGGGCGUGGUGUCGCAGCGAGACGUGGCGCUCACGCAGUUCGGGUUCAUCGGCUUCUCCGUGCUCAAGCCGGACAAGCUCGGCAUCCGACAGCUAAGGGAGGGCGACUGGGAGGCCUACAACUACUUCUGGCACGUCAUCGGGUAUAUGAUCGGGCUGGAGGAUAGAUACAACAUUUGCCGCAAGACAUUUGAUGAAACCCGCGAGGUGUGCCAGCUGUUACUAGACCGCGUCUACACGCCGUGCUUAGAGAACGUUCCAGAAUACUUCGAGCACGCGGCGCGAGUCAUGCUUGACGGCAUGUGGUCGGUCAACCCUACGGUGGACGAAGAGGCUACCUUGUACUUCUGUCGGUACUUGGCUGAUGUGCCCGGAUACAUUUAUACUGAGGACGAACGUGUAAAGCUACAGGAUAAAUUAAAGAAACAUUUGAAAGGAAAGCAGCCUGAUACCGGUGUGGAUUCUAAGCUGUUGAUGUCAAAACCAGGCGUCGACGGGCUGCCUGACCUUCCACCCAGACUCUUAUACGUCCAGGACUACGAUUCCCUGGACAGCGCCCCACAUUUCAAACGGCUCAGCUUCAGAGGCAAAUACAAACUAGCCUUCAACUUCAUAGCGGCGGUGUUAUACACGACGUAUCUAGGCAGACUUUACUUCAACUGGAAUUUCUUGUACAGUCUAUUCCUCAUGAAAUAUUUUCCUUAUCUUGCGUUCUUCAGAUUCGGAAUCAAAGCAUCUCUGAUAAACAUAUUCGAGGAGGACCCGACUGAUGACACUAGCUUGAUACCGAACGCGGAAUAUUACAACAAGAAAAAAGUUGACGAGCCCUGGUAUAAGAUUCUAUGGUCCAUUAUUUGGUGGUAAUUUUUUUUAUAACUUGCAUGUUGUUUAUUUGACAAUGUGGCUUCAGUAAUAUCUGACCAUUAUAAUGGUCACUUUACAAGUAGCAUUUAUUGCGUAAAAAAAUGUAAUACAUUACGUAAAGAACCUUGCCAUAAAUUAUGGCAUUAUUUACCUUUAGUGAUUAUUUCAUUCGAAAAUGAGACAUAAUUCCAGUGUACUAGUGUUCAUUUCGUAGUAACUCUACCAGGUAUUCUUGCUAAUAAGAGUAUCACAAGUUCAGAUUAUACUGUAAAACAAUUUCGAGCUUAGGAAGGCGUGCCAAAGGAAUUGGAGCCUAUCGAAUCUUGUUUGCUUAGGCAUAAGGUAGUUUUUCGCUUGCAAGAUGUUGAAUCUUAUUGCUUUAAUACAUCGAUUUUUGAUGUUUUUAUCAUUAAUCACGUAAUUUUAUUGAAUGACAAGCAAUGCACAAUAUUUAGAUAAAUAGAUGACAUGGUCAUGAAUAGAGCUAAGGAAUUUAGUUUUAGUAAUUAUUAGAUCAAGGGGCCUUCCGCUGUUCAAAUUAAAAUCAAACUAUAGUAGUAAGUACAAUGUUAAGACAUUAUUUAUGUUGUAUAUUCUAUGGACCAAUUAGUGGUGUUAAGUUUUUUGUAAUUAAGAUUAACUUCAACGUCAUUAGGCAAGAAAUACUAUAAUAUUAUAUUUCUGCAGUAUUGUACUAUUUUCAUUAAGUUUUAAAAAAAUGCCACUGCAAGCAAACGGUAAUGAUUAAUAAUGAAAUAAAGCAAUAAAAUAUUUUAACGCUUUAGUGUAUUAUAGUAAUAAUAGUAAAAAGAAUCGUAGAAAUUAUUGGUCAAAAAGAACAAUAAUUUAUUUAGUAUUGUUAGGCCAGUGAACUUUUGAGAAACAAUAAUUUUAAUAAGGGUUUUAAAAAAUGCAAAACUCUUCAUGAUGGAUAAUAUUCUUACUCGAGCUAUAAACUCGAUUCAAAUACAAGUUUAGAUCGAACCAGGUUGGUUCGAUUUAAAUAGAUUUUUUAUUUAUUUAAAUAAAGUGACCUGACUAUGUAUUGUAUUUUACAUGCGCUGUUCUGUACUUGCCGAAUUACCCAUACUAUGUAUAGGUUUUCAGAAAAAUAAUUUAAACUAACA